AUGCCUUCGGCCGAUAAUUUCGAUCUGCCUCUUGCAAAGAGGCAGAAACGGGUAUCGCAAGUUAAUGCUGGAACACGUGGUUCCAAAAUCUUUGCUCCUUUUCGUACACUAGGAUUGGUGUCACCAACACCCGUUCCUUUUACAUCGGUGCGCCUGGGUAAAUCGACCUUUCAAAUCACAACCUCCGUGGGACACUCGCUGCAGACUUAUGAUUUGCGCCGGGGUUUGAACCUCAUCUUUUUGACUCGACCGCAAACACCGGAGAUCAUUACGGCAACAUGUGCGUGGCAGGAUAAGGUAUUCGCAGCUUGGGGCUAUCUCCGCUCGCAGUCCCCUGGAGGAGUCUGGGUUUUCAAGCGCGGCAAAAAGGUUGCAGAGCUUGAGGGUCCCGCAGACCUGAAGGGGCCCAUUGAACGCUUGGUGGUGUUUGGUUCAUGGGUGGUUGGUUGCUGGGCCGGUGGCCUCGAGGUUUGGAAAACGGGCACAUAUGAGCACUAUGCCAGUCUGCGACCUCAAUCUGCUCGGGGUUCCUCUGGAGAGAAGAUAUACACCGGAAUAAUGUGCAACAUGCCGACUUAUUUGAACAAGAUAUUCGUGGGCCGAUCGGACGGAGCUGUCGAUAUCUGGAACCUCCGCAGCGGAAAACACCUUCACACAUUGCCCCCUUUGUCCUCAGAUGCUGGGCCAGUGACUGCAAUUCAACCCACACCUGCUCUAUCACUUAUUGCCAUUGCCUAUAAGGGUGGUGCGUUAGCUAUUCAGAACGUCAGCUCAGGUCAGCUGGUUUUGUCUCUCAAGAAUGCAUCGUCCCGGGGUCUCCCAGUGACAUCCAUUUCUUUCCGCAACGAUGGAUUGGGUGCUGGCCACGAUGGUCGCAGCUCAGGUGUUAUGGCCACGGCGUCAAGUGGUAGCGGCGAUAUCACACUUUGGGACUUGAAUAAUGGAGGUCGCAUUGCAGGCAUUCUUCGUGGAGCCCAUCGAGUGUCAAGCGGCGAAAAGCCCAUGGGCGCUAACCGUGUUGAGUUCUUAGAUGGACAGCCAGUGCUUGUGUCAUCCGGCGAUGACAAUUCUUUGAAGACUUGGAUCUUCGACGAAACGCCAUUCUCGCCCAUUCCCAGACCUCUUCAUAGAAGAAACGGACACUCUGCUGCUAUCAGCGCUCUCGAUUUCCUGCCGACAUCUUCUGAUGGGUCCGAAUCCGGUGGCAAGUGGCUUCUUAGUGCAAGCAAGGAUUGCAGUCUCUGGGGGCUCAGUUUGCGCAAAGAUAGUCAGCAUGCCGAGAUAUCACAGGGUAGUGUGGAACGUAAGGCCAAGAAGGCAGGGCUAUCAAACAUUUCAAAUACUGAGGAUCUCAAAGCUCCCGAGGUUACAUGCAUUGCCUGCAGCCUCAACCGUGAUGGUGGCAUGGGAGUCACCACUUCCGGUCCGAUUUGGUCAAACCCGAAGGUUACAAACGCCGAUGCUUCCAAUACAACUGGCUGGGAAAGCGUGGUUACUGGUCAUCGGGGUGACAAGUUCGCACGUACUUGGUUCUGGGGCAAGAAGCGAGCAGGUCGAUGGGCGUUUGCAACCAGUGAUGGAACAGAAGUCAAGAGUGUGACUGUUUCGCAAUGUGGAACUUUCGCUGUUAUAGGAUCAGCCGGAGGUGCUAUCGACAUGUUCAACAUGCAGUCAGGUCAGCACCGACAGAGCUUCCCAGCUCGCCCCCCAGCUUCCCGUGGCACCAAAUCCAAUGCUCAGGCUGCGACCGCCGCGGCCAAUAAACACACCAAAGCUGUGACUGGCUUGAUGAUUGACAGCUUGAACCGUACCGUUGUCAGCUGUGGUCUGGAUGGCAAAGUCAAGUUUUGGGAUCUCCUCUCUGGGAAAUUCAUUGAUGAGCUAGACUGGCACCCCAUGGCCGCCAUUACUGGACUCCGUUACAACAAGGCGAGCGAAUUGGUCGCCUUCAGCUGUGAUGAUCUCUCGAUCCGUGUGAUUGACCUCGAGACCAGAAAGCUCGUUCGUGAAUUCUGGGGAUGUGUGGGUCAAGUCAACGAUUUCAUCUUCUCAAAUGACGGACGAUGGAUUGUUGCUGCCUCAAUGGACUCGGUAGUACGCGUAUGGGAUAUGCCCACCGGGCAUCUGAUUGACAUUUUCCGAGUCUCAAGCACGUGUGUUUCUCUGGCCAUGUCUUCAACUGGUGAAUUCCUUGCCACCGCACACGCCGGUAGCAUUGGCGUCAGUCUUUGGAGCAAUCGCAGCCUUUUCAUGCCUGUGUCGACCAAAAAUCUGGACGAGAACGUUAUUGAGAACGUUGGACUCCCGGCGACAUCAGGAGAAAACGGUGCUGGUCUUAUUGAAGCCGCAUUUGAGGAUACUACCGAGCAGGAUGAGGCAGAGGGCCCAGUACUAGCCACGGAACAACUACAACACGACAUGAUGACUCUGAGUCUUGUCCCCAAAAGCAGAUGGCAGUCAUUGCUUCACCUAGACACUAUUCGGGAACGUAAUCGCCCCAAGGAAGCUCCCAAGGCACCCGAGAAGGCUCCGUUCUUCCUUCCUUCUCUCCUCGGGUCCAGCGGACCUGAGGCCGGCAGUCAAAUUGCUGGCGCCGACGAUACCGACGCUGCAUUGCUGGCCAAAACCGCCGAAGCCGAAAGGAUGCGGAUUGCCAAGUUGCAAAAUGGCGGGAUCCCUAGUGCUCCUCAAUCUAUUUUCACUCGAUCAUUGGCAUCCGGCCAUGAUUCCGGUGACUUCUCCUCAUUUAUCGACCACCUCAAGACUCUUUCUCCGGCUAAAGCAGAUCUUGAGAUCCGCUCACUGGAUCCUCGGUCGAAGAGAGACUUUGAGCUUGUCAAUGCUUGGAUGGCAGUCUUUUUGAAGAUUCAUGCCGACACUGUGAGUCUCAGCUCUACCCAGGAUGAGCCUCAGUAUCGUGUAUUGCAAGAUGCUCUAGCAACUUGGUCUACCGAGCAACAGCGGGAGGGAAAGCGCCUGGCUGAACUGGUAGGCUACUGUCGUGGAGUGGUUGGAUUCUUGCGAUCUGCUCGGCAUCUACUUCCAUAUGCCGAAAAUGUUUCAUUAGAUGGGAGGGCAACCGAUUCAGGACUUCCGCACGUCCAAGCUGUUGUCAUCGACGGACCCAGUCUAGUAUACCAUGUCUACCGUCGACUCCUGGGUUGGAUGGAUCCAAGCAGUGAUGUCCUUGACUACCAGCCGACCUGCGACGAAAUCAGUCGUGGAGUGAGCAGCUUCCUCCUCGAAUUAACCAGACUGGAAGUUAAAAUACAUAAAAUAUGCUUUGAUGGUGCCUUGCCCAUCUCCAAGCGAGAAAUCCGCUUUUCCAGAAUCGAGAAGCUACGACAUCGGCUGGAAUUAGCUCGCCGAAACCUGUCUCUGCCUGCGACACCCAAAUGUCGCGAUGUCAUCCCAACUAAACGGGGGCAGGUUUGGUGCAGUCGAGGCUUGCCUCAACGGCGAAAAGGUCUUCCAGAAAAUCCUUGGAUGGUAUCCGCGGUCUUUGAGGACUUGCGGAGCCGGUGGAACAAGGAACAGAUCCGGAAAGAGGUUGAUGAUGAUAUCAGCUGUCUUGCCACAGAAGCUGAUUACCCCUGGGCGGAAAUCACCGUCAUGGUGCCAGGAGAAGCAGAUGUCGAGUGCGCCAGAGUAGCCAAACUUACCGGCUGUGCAGUGUUAACAGAUGAUUCGGAUCUCCUGCUUCACGAUCUUGGCCAGAAUGGUGCGGUCUUGUUUUUGGACUCGGUCCAAACGUCCUCGGGCAUAUGGGAACCAGCCGAGCCUGAUAUUCGGGGACUGAGAAUCUGCCCUCAUUCGCUCUCUGGUCGGUUGGGGAUCCCGAGCGUUCAGUGGUUUGCUUACGAAUUGCAAAGAAAUGUUCACAUAAGUUUUGCUGAACUUAUCCGGAUAUCUAAGGAGAGCAGUAAGGCGACUGAGCUCUCCUCUGAGUAUCUGGAGUUUCUUCGAGAAUAUCAACACGAGACCGCAGAUAAUGAGGUCAUACGUGAAGCAAAGCAGUCUUUACAAUCGUUGGAUCCCAGAGUUUCAGAGCUUUUUUGGCAGUAUGAACUUCCUGGUAUCUACUGCUCGGAUGAACAGCCGCAUGUCUAUCUCGGCAUUCUGAACGAAGACUCUUCCAGACGAUGUGCCUGGGAACAAGGUCGAACAUAUAGAUCCCUUGGGUACUCGUUUUUCAACAAUUCGCGUCCUGUUGCCAAUCGUUUCGCUGCUGUACAUGAAUUUGUCCGCAGAGGUGGAAGGAUCGUGGCCGAGGAGAUCACUCUAAGCGGAGCAAAGACCGUGGCCUCUGACAUGGAUCUCGUCCGGAAACGUCUUGCCACAGCGCAUGCUACCUUUGACGGUGGCCUGCCAGCGGAGAGUUUCUGGUUUUUAUUUGCUCUUUCCGAUAUCUACCGUGAUGGAUCUGGCACAACGACAGUUCCAAGUGCGAAGGAACUGGAAAGCUUCCUUACAAAGGGAUAUAUGGUGCAAAGCACCAAAUGGCCGGACAUUCACCUUCUUGCUCAAAUCCAAGCUGCACUGUACUCUCUACGAAUACUGAAGCAGCUCCUUGAGAUCGCAGCUCCUGGUGAUGACAUGGUUGAAUCCAGUUCACUACUCGCGGAUAUACCUCCACUACACAUAAUGAUGUCGCGACAAAGAAUGAUCCAGUGCUUUGCCAACACUCGUCUUGUCCGGCAUGCGAUUCGUCAAUUGAUAGAAACGUAUAGCUAA